CCGGAAGUUAGAGGACAUAACGAGCAGUACAUCCCGCGAUCAGCUUACUUGACAGGAAGUACAGAAAUUCCAACUACCGCCAGGCGCCGAACGACAACUACACCUGUACCCUUGGAGAGACGGGGGGGCACAAAAUCGUCACCCAUCUUGCCAGAUGACGAGUAUGGCACAUGUGUCGCCUCCGGCGCUGUGAAGGAUAUACCGCGUACAUUCCCAAGCAUUCCGAUAGUACUCAUGGUUGGCAUCGGCGGUGGUGCGCCGAGCAACAAGAAGGAUAUAAUACUCGGCGAUUUUGUUGUGCGUUUCUCAUCUCACGGCAAGUGCGGAGUUAUCAAAUACGACACUGGCACGGCGAUUUCACCAACCAUCAAUGGUGCCCUUCAAAGAAAUCCGAGAUUCAAGGCGUUCCUUUCGGCCGGGCUCCGAAGCCGAUCAGCCAUAUCCAGCAGAGGCCAUACAUGGGAAUAUGCCCUGCUCUGGAAAUUCCAGCAACGGCUCAAAUUCGACUUGACGGAGGCUCCUUGA